CUCACAUGAACGAUUCGUUCGGGAAUCGGAUAGCACUACGUUGGAGAACCAUGGCGGUGAAACAAAUGACAUGGUUGGGGAUCUAAAUUACACACAGCAGAAGAACCGGCGCCCGUAGACACCGAGAUAUCCGUGGAGAUGAGCGCGGGAUUUGAUACCAUGUAUCAGAGUGACUCUGAAGGGCUCAUGCCAUUGUCCAAUUGAGGAUACAGAACCACGGACCUAAAAAAAUACAGUUUUCAAGUAGGAAAGAGUUUUGAAAGUCAUUGAAAAUGAUCAAAGCUGAGAGCAAGGGUGAACGCACCCUGCGCAGCGCGUCCCCGCAUAGAAAUGCAUACAAGUCGGACUUCCACGCCAUUAAGUGCUCUUUUGAUGGGACCAAAUCCGACAGCGAGGCCAAAUCUUAUGCUAAUGGAGCCAGCGACCCCCGAGAGGACACCCGAGGGAGGCCGUUUGGCAACCGGAUAAACAAAAUCAAGAACAUUUUCUUGCAAAUGGAUGGCCAGCAAUCACAGGAGAGUCCGGAGAUUAAACCUGCUCACAAAGCGGAUGUAUCAUCAUCAUCUCCUGUGUCCCCAGUGUCCAAGUUCCCAGUCAGCACCAACAAAACCUCCCUCAGUAGUGCCAGCAACCAAGAUCCGCAAAACACGGACAGAACUCCAAAGGGAGAGGAAGUCGAGAUAGAUAAAGUUGCCCUGGCGGAGAAAUUUUCAGUGACCAGAAAGCUCUUUGAAAGAGGGCCCGUCGCAGAGAGGCCGGUACCCGGCAGAGUCUCUACUCGGCUGUCUCAGGGGAAGGUGCCUGAGGAGGGGCGCGGGGCCCGGAGGUCCUUCGGAUCUUCUGAAAAUAGCAACAGCAGUAGUGUCAGCAAAAGCCCGACGUCACCUGUGAGGAGUGCCCCAGAGGAAAGGAGGGACGCUGAGGACUCAAAACAGGUCAAUAGGCUGUCACUGAAUGCGGGGCCUAUUUCCAAGCGGUUGGAGAACUUCAUUGUGGAUGGUGACAAUGAAGAGUCAGUACAAGUUUCUGCUAAAAGCCCCACUGAGCACUCAUCUCCACGAGGGCGUUCCCAGAAACCCACCUCCCCAGGUACUGAUCAAGCACACAAACCCACAUCUCCAAACUCUGACGCAUCACCCAAAUCAUUCUCACCUAAAACAGAACCUGGCAGCCCUCCGUUCAAGUCCAUCAGCCCGGUUUCAUACAAACCAACCUCCCCGACCAGCAGGAGCACCGGCGAGCCUCUUUCGCCCUCUGCUCAUAGCCCAUUUAAACGUUCUCCGUCUUCAGGCGGCUCUGACUUGGUGAAAGAUUCCUCGACAAAUAAACCAACCCAACUUAGUAGUCCUCCUGCGAAUGAUCUCAAAUCUUCUAGCAGUCUCUAUAAACGGCCUUUGAGUCCUGAGGAACCAAAAAGUGAGAACCACGUAAUUCACAGUCCGUCUCAGGACAUCUCUCGUGAGCAGGCCACACAGAGUCUAGACCCUGCUGGUGCGGGAGUGGUGCGGGCUGAGCUGGUCGUGGUCCAGAACGAGUCUUCAGAAAGCGAGGAGAAUGACGAAGAGUUUUUGGAGGAUGUUAUGUCAGAGGUGAAGCUGCAAAGGGAACUUAAAUCUGAGUCACCAAAAGAAGAUCUGAACCCUCUGAAGGUGUCAUCACCUCAAAACCAUACAGAGGACGAACAGCUGAAGAAGGUUGUGUGUUUAUCAUAUCAAGAUGAGGAUGAGGAUGAGGAGGAGGAGGAGGAGGAGGAGGAGAGCAUAAAGAGGAGUAACUGUCAUGAAGAUGAUGAGGAGAGUGAGCAGGAAGAUACAGAUGAAUGUGGGAAAACUUCUCCAGUGUUUUAUAGUUUUGAGAAUGCUGCAUUUGUGGAUGAUAAGGAAGCGAUUCUGGACCAGCAGGAUGAGGAGGAUGAGGAUGAAGAUGAGGUCUAUGAGGAGUAUGAUGAAGCUCCUGGUUUGUCAGAGGAUGAGGAACGCUCUCCAAGACGGAAAAUCAGAUUCUCCACCGAGCCGAUACGGGUGUACAGCACGUUCUCUAAUGAAGACUACGACCGGAGGAAUGACGAUGUGGAUCCUGUGGCCGCGUCUGCGGAGUAUGAGCUGGAGAAACGGGUGGAGAAGAUGGAUGUGUUUCCUGUGGAGAUAGAGAAAGGUGAUAAAGGGCUGGGGAUCAGUAUUAUAGGGAUGGGAGUUGGGGCAGACCAGGGUCUGGAGAAACUGGGCAUCUUCGUCAAGACCAUCACACAGGAUGGAGCCGCAGAGAGAGAUGGGAGGAUCCAGGUGAAUGAUCAGAUUGUGGAGGUGGAUGGCAUCAGUCUGGUUGGUGUGACGCAACUCUUUGCUGCGACUGUCCUAAAGAACACAAAGGGAACAGUCAGGUUUCUGAUUGGCCGAGAGAAGCCAGGCACUCAGAGUGAGGUGGCACGGCUGAUCAGCGAGACCCUUGAGCAGGAACGGCAGCAGCAGCAGCAGGUGGACGACACAUACGAACAGUCUACUGAAGAGGUCAGUCAUCUCAUGGGCCUUUUUGCUUACAUCAGUGCUUAUGCACAAUUGUUUGGUAUAGUGUAUACAGAGUUACUUUGUACCCUAGUUUAAUAUCGGUACACUUUUGAAUGUUUCUGUGUAUGUUACUGUUGAUGUUAAUUGUUAAUUAUUGGUUAUAGUUGUACCUAAAGACUCCUGAAGUGUAUUAUUUUAUAGUUCAUAAGAAUGUACCAGUUUGCAUACUUCCUCUCAGUAAGUGCUUUGUGUCAUGUUAUUUAUGAUGUCAAUCAAGAAACAUGAUUUGGUAUACGCUAACAAUUACGUA